AGGCUUUAUCUCAGUAUCUCUAUAACCAGAGAUUAUUUCAAGAUCUACUUCUCAUCUUCAUUCUUUUUUUAUCUCUUCUUCUCCAACUUCUUCUGAAUCAAAACUCUUCAGCAAAAAUCAAGAAAAGCUUUUAGUUCAAGACAAGAGAAAAGCAACCAAAGAUGGCACAUCUUCAAAGAACCUUUCCUACUGAGAUGUCAAAGGGUAGAGCUAGCUUUCCAAAAGGCUUUCUCUUUGGAACUGCUUCUUCUUCUUACCAGUAUGAAGGAGCAGUGAGUGAAGGUGCGAGAGGACAAAGCAUGUGGGAUCAUUUCUCCAACAGGUUUCCUCACAGAAUCAGUGAUUCUAGUGACGGAAAUGUCGCCGUUGAUUUCUUCCAUCGUUACAAGGAAGAUAUCAAGAGAAUGAAGGAUAUAAACAUGGAUUCGUUUAGGCUUUCCAUUGCUUGGCCACGAGUUCUACCUUAUGGCAAAAGGGAGAGAGGAGUUAGUGAAGAAGGAAUUAAGUUUUACAAUGAUGUUAUUGAUGAACUCUUAGCCAAUGAAAUCACUCCUCUUGUUACUAUCUUUCAUUGGGACAUACCUCAGGAUCUUGAAGAUGAAUACGGCGGUUUUCUAAGCGAGCAGAUCAUAGAUGACUUCAGAGACUAUGCGAGUCUCUGCUUCGAGAGAUUUGGGGACAGAGUGAGUCUGUGGUGCACUAUGAAUGAGCCGUGGGUCUACAGUGUCGCGGGAUAUGACACAGGGAGGAAAGCGCCAGGAAGGUGCUCGAAGUAUGUUAAUGGGGCUAGUAUUGCUGGAAUGUCCGGAUACGAGGCAUAUAUUGUGAGCCAUAACAUGCUUCUAGCGCACGCAGAAGCAGUGGAAGUGUUUAGAAAAUGUGACCAUAUUAAAAAUGGAAAAAUUGGGAUUGCGCAUAAUCCACUUUGGUACGAGCCGUAUGAUCCGAAUGAUCCAGAGGAUGUAGAAGGAUGUAAUCGAGCUAUGGACUUCAUGCUUGGUUGGCAUCACCACCCGACUGCUUGUGGAGACUAUCCAGAAACGAUGAAGAAAUCAAUUGGAGAUCGAUUACCGAGUUUUACACCAGAACAAUCCAAGAAACUGAUAGGCUCUUGCGAUUACGUUGGUAUAAACUACUAUAGCUCACUUUUUGUGAAGAGUAUCAAAAACGUGGAUCCUACGCAACCUACUUGGAGAACUGACCAAGGCGUAGAUUGGAUGAAAACCAACAUAGAUGGGAAACAAAUAGCGAAACAAGGAGGAUCAGAGUGGAGUUUCACAUAUCCAACAGGACUCAGAAACAUUUUGAAGUAUGUGAAAAACACUUAUGGCAAUCCUCCGAUUCUGAUAACCGAGAACGGGUAUGGUGAAGUAGCGGAACAGAGUCAGAGUCUGUAUAUGUAUAAUCCUUCAAUCGACACAGAGAGAUUGGAGUACAUAGAAGGACAUAUCCAUGCGAUUCAUCAAGCCAUCCAUGAAGAUGGAGUAAGAGUGGAAGGUUAUUACGUAUGGUCAUUGCUAGAUAACUUCGAGUGGAACAGUGGAUAUGGAGUAAGAUAUGGUUUGUAUUACAUAGAUUACAAAGAUGGGCUUAGGCGAUACCCGAAAAUGUCGGCUUUAUGGUUGAAAGAGUUCUUGAGGUUUGAUCAAGAAUCUUCUUCGACGUCUAAGGAAGAAGAAAAGAAAGAGAGCUAUGGAAAACAGCUAUUGCAUUCUGUUCAAGACAGUCAAUUUGUUCAUUCCAUUAAAGACAGUGGUGCGUUACCUGCGGUUUUGGGGAGCUUGUUCGUUGUGUCUGCUACUGUUGGUACUUCUCUGUUCUUCAAAGGAGCUAAUAAUUGAAACAGAGAAACAAAAUCUAAAAAAGUGUUGGAAUUUGUUGUUGUUCUUGAAAGAUUGAAGAAGAACCAUGUUAUAAGAUGAAAAAAAAAAAGAAAAAAAAGAACCAUGUUAUAAUUUGUACUAUUCUUUUCUAUAAUUUAUUGUGUGUUUUGUUAUUGGAAACUUGUUUUGAUCUAAAUCGUUGAGAAA